AUGAGCACCAAGACAACCAGCAAGAUUAUUGAGGCGGAGAUAUUGGACUCCAGAUUAAUCUACCCAAUGAUAGCCGAAUACACUCUGAUUCAAAAACGGCUCAGCUACAAUACCUAUUUCACUGAACCCAAUUACGCCAUGAGAACUUAUGCAGUUUUGAGGCAAUUCAUGGAAAUGUACUGUCAAGUCAUUGCAUCCUCCACUGCUUCCCCAGAAGAGAAAAAGUUGGCCUCAACAUUACGGAUCAUUGAUGGCUUCCCGGUGCAUGACAACAAUGAGCGUGGAGAAAUUUACGAUUAUUUUAAGUUUAAAGAUGAUAAUGAUUUGAUUGAUGUGCCAGAUCAACAGGAAGGAAUUCCGGUAAAUGCAACCAACAAUGAGACUGAUAUCUUUGAUCAGUAUACCAAUGAAGAGCCCCGGCGCGUGUUCUUCUCCCAGGAAAAGAUCAAAGGCUACUGGGCACUCCUGCUGCCAAGUACAGAAAGCUAUGGAAUCUUGGAUACCUCAAGCCCCAUCAAACAGAUCUUGCAUUCCUUCCAACACUGGGUAUAUGCAACUACUGCCGAUCCUACUGGCACCAAUGCCAAGAUACCAAGAGAAUGA